UCGGGAUGGAGUGUCGAGGGCUGCUGGGCUCUCCUCCGUCAUUCCACUCUCCACUUAUUCCAGCACAGCUGCCUAGUUGAGAAGGGGUGAUCCUUUGGGGGCUGGCAGCUUUACUUAGGCGUCGGAGUAUGAAUAUUAUGCUAGAACCAAGAUCUCGCAGGAUAUAUUUUUUCUGCUGCCUGGUACUGGCUUCCUUCAUCCCUUCUUCAGCAGAGGACCACACAGAUGGGAAUCAUCAGCGAACUGCGCGCCUCGAUAGGAACAUGGUGCAAGAUAAGGACCACAUUCUGGAAGACUUAGAUGGUGUAAUUGAUAAACCAGAAUCUGAGAUGUCUCCACAAGAACUGCAGCUUCAUUACUUCAAAAUGCACGAUUACGACGGCAACAAUUUGCUUGAUGGGUUAGAACUUGCUACUGCCAUAUCCCAUGUACAUAAAGAGGAUGGUAGUGAACAUACCCAGACCAUGAAAGAAGAGGAUCUCGUUAGCUUAAUUGACGAUGUCUUGCGAGAUGAUGAUAAGAAUAACGAUGGCUACAUCGACUAUGCUGAAUUCGCAAGGUCACUGGAAUAAAGAGAAAACUACAAAAAACCGUUCUUGUUUGUGUGACCCAGUACAAUGUGAUUCUUAACUGCCUCUCUGCCAUAUGUUCCACUGUUUGGACUGCAAAACGAAUGGUAGGGAAAGUGUCAGCUUUUUUUGUAUCUUUAUAUUUGGGAGAGAACCUUAUGAUGGGGUCCAUUUGAUAACAUUGUUGUGCAAUAAGGUACCUUGUGUAGGUUAGCUCAUCAUUUGGCUGCAUUGGCUUAAAGGCUUAAGUUCCAAAGACUAUGGCCUGGAAACCACUUAGCUCCAGAAUAUCUUUCAAAGGGGUUUCUGAAGUACUACAAAGGCUCACAGCCCUGCAGUAAGUGAAGCAUCCCUCAGUGCGAGUCCUUCAAAACAAAUGUCUGCAGUAUUGUGAUCAAGAAGGUUUCUCUUUGUCUCAAAGAAACUAGUUUGAACACUGAUGUCUGAAAUGUCGUAACUGUUAAGUUGUAACUCACAAUCUAAUUCAGUGUUCAUGUUUCUUGUUAAGUCCUACAAAAAAGGAAUAUGGCGGCCCAGAAGACGUUUAAGCCGUUUCAAAGCCCACACCUUUUGGUUGAAAAGUUAAGCACAUGCUUAAAUCUCUUCUCAUAAAAUGGAUGUGAAUAAUUUAAGUGUUUAAACUUUGGCUGGUUUGGAUCCCACAUGAGACAACAUGGAAGGAGUUAGUGAAGCUGAUCUUUUCUUUGCCUUCCCUAAGCACGUUGAUGUUUGUUCUAGAACUCCUCUCUGAGGAUCAAGAGAGUCACUCUGCCGCUGGACAGGAUAUCAUUUGUUUGCUAGGUUUUCCUGAUCCUCAGAGGAUUUUUGGGACAAAAAGCAGGUUGCUUUGGAAAGAUAAUGGUGAGGAAAUACCUGCUCUGCCAACUCUUUCUGUUAACUCUCCUGCUGAUCCUAUCCAGUAUCUUUAAAUAAAGGGUUGCAAUGUAGUCAUGCGUCUGCCCUUCAUGUGUUUCCCUUUUUACUGUGUGUUGCUCUGUCCCAAAAUUAAAAAUACAUUAUAUCUUCUACGCCAUUAAUCCAGUAUUUUGUUUGGGAGUUCAUGUUUCAGAAAGUGUAGGUUAAAUACUGCUGUUCAGUGUGGUCCGCUAGCAAGAACUGUUCCUGUGUUAACAAUUGAAUGUUAUAAUUACAGCAAAAUGCUGCCUUGUUAAGGUUCUUACCAAUGUACCUUGACACAAAUUCAUGGUGUUAGUUUUACAGGAAAAAAAUAAAAAGUAUUUUCACAGCUAACUCUUUGAAAAGAGUCUUUAAAUACUUGAAUGGUCUGCUUACUGAAAAUGAUCACGGAACUCUCUGCCACUUUUGAUUCUGUAUCUAUUCAGCAGCCCUGUAUGGAUCUAAAGAGAGGUGAUGCUAUCUUGUUGUUUGACCUACUGUAUAAAAUGGAUCAGAAAGCAUUAUGUUUUAAACUAGAAUGUUAAGAAAGAGACAAAACAAACUGCUCUCUGUAAAUUGUAUAAAGACUUAUUUUCUGUAUAAAAGUAUUCUUAUAUGAAGUGCAUUUGUAAAAAAAAGUUUCCUUUUGUUAAUUGUGUAACAAAAGUUACUUGUACUAUGUUCUUGUAACAUCUGACUUAUUAGACACAUUUGUAUAAUGGUUUAUGCUAAAUACAAAAGCAAUAAAAUUCAAAGUGCUGCAACUUGGUUCUUCUUCAAAUUCAGGAACCAAAGUGACUGCAUAUGUCCAUUUCAUUUCUAUUUGCUGUGAACCAUGUUCAGCCUUACCUUGGACCAGUCUUUAAUGACCUGAGCCAUGGUUGACUUCCCAGCAGCUUCUCACAAUCUUCAUUAGAGCUCUGCUUCUGGAGCAUUUGCAGAACUGUAAACAUUGCUCUUCAAGGAUAGGAGGAAAGAAAUUAGUGACUGGAUGUUAAUAGUCACUGUAUAGUCCUGCACAAUAGUCACUAGACAAUAGUCCUGAAGACGGUACAAAGGCCCACUAAUGGAUUCUUAAUUGAGGGUGCACUGUAACACACAAAGCACUAAACUAAAGCAUAUUUCUAACCAGGUUAUAGCAUUUCAUUAUGAAAGGCAUCGACACUUAACUCAGUUCACGGAAGGAUUUCCCUCCUCUCUUCCCCCAGUGAACUGGAGCUGAACUCUCCUUUGUCAAAGAUAACUGGUCUGAAAUGAGUGGUUCAGUAGCCUUUCCGUAUUUACGGUCAUAAUUAGAAAGUGUUGUUGGCUUCCACAGUGAGGAAGGAUGCAAAAGGGACUAUUGGCCAGAAAUCACCACAGGGAGAAGAGAAGGUGCCAGGGCUAGUAGCAGUAGUACAGGAGAAUCUAUGGGCAUGGGGAAUGAUUGCCACUGGCACAAUAUUACCUGCAUCUUUCUGCUCACCUCCUCUGAUAUAGCAAUAUGGUGCUGAAGAAGUUGAAAACGAAUCCUAUGCAUCUUCAACAAAGGGCACUGAAUAAUUAUGGGCUACAGGCAGGACUGUGUAGAUCAUCAUGGGCAUUAAUCAUGCUACAUGCACACCAGUCUAGCAAGCAAAAUCUAUGUGCAGUUUCUGCUCAUAGAUUCUCUUUCUGGAUCAGUAACUAAUCACAGUAGAUGAGGAUGCACGUUGGCAAUGCAACACAUAUUCAGAAAUGACAUGCAAUUGUUCCCUCCCAUUUGCACAACAAGGUGUAGGUAGAUGUCUCCUAUCCAAGUUGCAAUAUGGAUAAGAGUGCAUAUUCAAAGCUUGCGUAAUGUUUUGUGUCAAUUUUGUUGAUCCUAAUGAAAGGUAUUGCAUGUAUUUUGUUCUUGAUAAAACAAAGGAAUAUUUUGUUCUUUAGCCACUAGAUGGCAUCUAUAUCAUACUACAUCAUAUUCACCACCUUAGUAUAAACUUUGACUAUUGAAUGAAGUCAAUAAACUUUCUUCUCUCCCAAUAAAUAUCA